AUGAGGCCUAAUAUUGUCGGCCUCUGCGUCCUGGGCCUGUUCACUUCACUGGCAGCAUCUGCCACCGACGUCUCCUUCCGCGAUUGGUACCCCGAAUAUGGGCUCAUUUUCCAGCAUACCCUCGAACAACACUGCUCGGCCGACACUUCCGAGUUCAUGAAAGCCAACAUGGCCUCGGCCGCCGUGCUACUAGGCAUCAUGCCCUUCGCGCUCUCCGUACUAGGUUCCAGCAGCGAGGAAAGCGCGCUGCUCUAUGUCAUCGCCCGCCGACCCUUACUCACCACCCUCCUCCUCGCAGGGGCCCCCGUCGUCGUAGCGCUCCGGCCAUUCGAGUACAAAGACCCCGUCGGCAUCCUCCGCGCCCGCGAAGGCCGCUUCUACAGCUUCCACAUCCGCCGCUCAUGGGUCAUACUAGUCCUCGAAUACAUCGUCGCAUUAGCCUCCGUCGCCAACGUAGUCCACGUCACCUACGGCCUCGGCGUCGGCGUCACAACCAUGAUCCUACCGGACUCCAGCUACCUGCCGGGGGUAUGGGCGGGAACGGGCAUCGCAGUGCACAUCAUUGGCGCGCUGUGUCUCAAGUCCCGGCUGCGACUGCUCACGCCCAAGGGGGAACCGCUCCUGCAGUCUGAGCUGACGCUCUCGGCGGACAAGAACAUUACGGUUGAGACGGUGCCGGAGACGAAGCAGUUUCUGGCGUUGUCGUGGUUGACCUCGACGUCGACGACUUUUCAUGUUAUAUUUGGCACGCUGGCCUUCUCGAGCAUGCAGUUUGCCUCGGUGCGUGAUACCUUUGGGAUUAUUGGUCGCUACACGGCUUCGGUUACGGUGUGCCGGGUGGUGCUUAUGUAUGAGCUUUCCGGGCUGCGGACGGCCGUGGACAGCAUCUCUGUUGUGCCGUCUCCGGGGGAUGAUGGGCAGGACCCGGUGGAUGGGCUGAAAGCGGGACCGAGGGUGUUUACCUUUGCCCCGUGA